AUGAACGCCGUUCAGCUGAGGCAACCAGCCUUUGUGGCCAGCACCACUGCUGGCCGCGCCCAGACGCGGGCUCGUGGCUUGGUGGCGUGCCGGGCGCAGCAGCAGGGGCCGGUGCAGGAGCUUGGCCGCAAGGCGGCGGCGGCGGCGGCCGCGGCGCUGCUGGCGGCCGCCCCGCUGAGCGGCGCUGCGCUAGCGGGCGAGUUUGACCUGCUGGCCGAGGGCACCCCCUCCACCUACGUGCUGGACGAUGCCGCGGUGCUGAACAAGACCACCAAGAAGACGGUGGGGGACCAGCUCAAGGCACUGGAGGAUGCCACGGGAUACCACCUGGAGGUGGCCACCGUGCGGCGGCUGGAGUUUGAGAACGACACCUUUGCCUUUGGCGACAAGCUGGUCAGCAAGUGGUACCCGGGGGCAGCCAAGGACAAGGCCGGCGUGCUGAUUGUGGUGUCUGCGGGCAAGGACGGCGCGCUGACGGGCGGCGACGCCUUCAUGUCUGCGCUGGGCGACGACCUGAUUGACAGCGUGGUGGGGGAGAACAUCCCCAUCCUGACGGGCGAGGAGAAGUACAACGAGACCGUCACCAGCAGCGUCAGCCGCGUGGUGGCCAGGCUGACGGGCAAGGAGGACCCGGGCCCGCCCUUCAGGCAGGAGUUCCGGCGGGAGCGGACGUACAAGACCAAGGCUGAGACGGAGGCCAAGAAGCCCGUCACCGCCACCAUCGUCGUCACGCUGCUCGUCAUCUCAGGCACGAGGCCGGGUCUGGGCUGCCGGGGGCGCGCGACGGUCACCCGGCUUGUUGUGCCCAUGCUCCAGUACUAUGGAUACACGAACAAGGAUUGAGCGACUGCCGUGCCAUGUUUUGCUGCCAACACUUUUGAGAAGAGACAAGCCAACUUGCGACCCUUUCAAUUUUCCCGCUCAUAUGGAAUCACAUAUGUAAGAAGUGCAUUG